UGCCCCACGACUUCCUCUGAGGGAGGCAUAGAACAGCUGACAGUGUGUGCUCUACGAUAACCAAGCUGGAAUCUUCCGGUGUCCCAUCAUUAACGCCAUGGCGCAGUCGCGCUUUCAUUCUGCUUAGUUUCACACACGCACAACCAAGAUGGGGGACGCCGAUUCGUGGGACGCCGACAGCUUUGAGCCGGACGAGCCCAGCAAAAAGGCGGCAGUGCAGGACAAAUGGGAAGGCGAAGACGAGGAGGAGGAUGUGAAGGAUAACUGGGAUGAUGAAGAGGAGGAGGAAGAAAAGACUGAAGUGAAGAAAGCAGAAGUAAAAGUGUCUGAUAAGAAAAAAUUAAGUGAAAAAAUUAAAGAAAAAGAAAUCCUUCAAAGGAAAAAACAAGAGGAGCUGAAAAAGAGGUUAGAUCAGUCGCCAGAGAAGGACGAUAUCACGGCAGAAGAAGAGUUGGCGGAAAAACUGCGAGUGCAGCAGCUGCAGGAGGAGGCUGAUCUGGAGCUGGCGAAAGAUGCGUUUGGCAUUAGUAAUAACGUGACAGGAAUUGAUGCCAUGAGCCCCUCCUCAAAAGAUGACUUCACAGAAUUUGAGAAGUUACUUAAAGAGAAAAUAUCUCCAUAUGAAAAGUCUGUGCAUUACUCCAGCUUCUUGGAAUCUUUGUUUCGGGAUCUCUGCAUUUCAUUGGAAGUGGAGGACUUGAAGAAAAUAAACACUUCACUGACAAUGCUACUUAGUGAAAAACAGAAACAAGAAAAGCAGAACAAAGCAAAGAAGAAGAAGAAGGGUGUGGUUCCAGCUGGUGGUCUGAAAGCAAAAAUGAAAGAUGACCUGGCAGAUUACGGAGAGUUUGAUGGGGGCUAUGUCCAAGACUUUGAGGACUUUAUGUGACGACGGCUACUCUUGGACCACCCCUUUUCCGCUCCCCUUUCCCGCCCUCAACAUGCAGCAUCCCCUCCCCAUACCGUUCGCUACCAUCCUGGAAAGACUGAAAGAUGUUAUUCAUUUAUUUUGCUCAACCUUCAAGUUCAGAAUUACUUUACACAAGAACAUUACCUACAUGGUUUUUUUUGUUUGUUUAGUUUUUCCUCUUGGUCCAAAAAAAUUAACUGCCCAAGUACUUCUGUCCAUCCUCCUUGAAAAUAAACAUAUUAAAGUGACCAAAACUCUUACUUCAAAUUUCUAUUUUAAGAAAGACUGUUGAAGUGGGAAACUCAAUGCCUGAAAUAGUUGGGUAUGCUGAACAGUGGCUGUUGGUUGACUGAGUCAGUUUGACUAAUUUCAGAAAAAAAUGUGGCCUGUGACAAUGUGGCCGAAUAGUAUUACUGUUUGAGAACUGCAGUUUUGUGGGAAUAAAUUUGAUCUUCUAUGCAAAUAAGUUAAUUUGGAAUACAUCUACAUUUAUCUAAUGGGUAUUAAGUACCCGGCAACAGAAUUAAAUAUGAAUAUACCAUAUUAUAAAAUGUGGCUAAAACCCUCAUAUAGCCAUUUUCUGGAAAACGCCCUGUUCCUCAGGCAAUUGCUGUGAUGGUGGGAGGGGGGGGGGGGGGUUUCCUGUUGAAUUUGGAAAAUAUUUCAAUAUUAUUGCGCUUAAAAUGAAUUUAGUUUGUACUUAUGUUUACUACUAAUGCAAGUACGUGGGAUGGGAUUUGUCUUCUCAUAGUUGUCUCAUCAACAUGGCUUUCUGCUGGCUUUUACUAAGCAAGCUGAGGAACUUGGAUACUUGUUGAAUAGACCCAGUAUGUUCAUGUGUGAUAUGCCUGAUAUGAACAGAAAUGGACUAUUUUCCCAUUUCUGUGUCAUUUGGCAAAGGCUGCUAUAUGGAUGUACUAGAAAAUCAGACAUUGGAAAGUACAUAUGAUGACAGCAUCUGCAGUGUUUUAUAAGCAUCUAAUAAAAUCACUGUUCAAAAGCA